GGAAGAUAUCAUUGGUAAAAGGCGAAGAUACCCGCUACAGCCAUGGCUGGUGUAGGAAUGGCUUCACUGAGUGUGAGAGCUUCAUGGGAUACACUGCCAAGACUUCCUUACAAUCCCCACAACAGAAGAAAACCCAAAACCCUCAUUUCUCCUAAACCCCCCUUAAACCCAUCCCCUGUCACUCUAGUUGCCUCACCCACUGGUACGGUUGUCCCUGUUGCGGAGCUCCUUAGACGCGACAUUCAGAACUCCAGUCAAGUUAAAUCGGAUAAAUCAUAUAUGGGUUAUGAUAUAUGGUUGCCAAGUCCACCAAAAGUGAAGAAGCCUCGUUCAGUAUACAAUGCAGCAUCAUUGGCAUAUAUUGGAGAUUGCAUAUUUGAGCUAUAUGCUCGCAGACACUUUUUGUUUCCUCCACUGAAUAUGGAAGAAUACAAUGACCGUGUGAUGGCAGUAGUUCGUUGUGAAGCACAAGAUGCAUUCCUGCAGAAACUUCUUGAUGAUUAUUACUUAUCAGAAGAGGAAAGGGAUGUUCUCCGAUGGGGAAAAAAUAUUGGUUCAGCUAAAACACGGACAAAAAAACGUGCUGGUGUUGCAGUUUAUAACAGAGCAUCUUCACUGGAAACACUGGUGGGUUAUCUUUACCUGACAGAUGUGAAUCGUUUGGAGGAGGUGAUGCGUAAGUUGGGAUUCUCAACUGAUGCUUCUACCCAGUUGGGCUUGCAGGAAACAGAUACUGGCAGCUAAUUCAGAAGAGGCUCAUGAAGUUGAUACCAUCUUCAGGGUGACCACACACACAGUAUCUUACCAUGUCCUUUUAUCCUUCAAAGAUGUCCUUAUCACCUAUAAAAAUGAAGGUAUCUAUCUGCAAUUAAUGGCAAUUUUGCACUGACAAAAUUGAAAUUUUGGUAAAUAUUCUGUAUCUAUGCUUCUGCUUAGAAGCUUUGGGUCUGUUUUAACAGUGAAUCUGAAAUUGAAUAGUGAUAGUUGAGGUUCACCAAUGUCUUUUUGUAAGAAGUCUUUAGAAACUACAAAAGAUUUUUCUCAUUUA